AUGGAUUUGUCUUUAUUCUGCCAGAAUAAUCUUCUCUAUACCCAGGAGAAACUGUCAAAACACAAACCCGGGGGAUAUCACCCAGUUACACUUGGUGAUACCUUUAAGAAUGGUCUUUACGAAACCCACUAUAAGUUGGGGUAUGGGGGAUUCUCGACUGUGUGGCUUGCGAAAGAUAAGGAUCAAAAUCAAUGGGUCUCGUUGAAAGUCAUGAUCGCAGAUUCGUCAAAAUCGAACGAGUUACAAAACCUGAAGUUUCUCGAAAAGCAUUCCGGCGGAAACCUUUCUUCAAACCAUAUUGUUCAGCUGCUUGAUGACUUUACCCACGAUGGCCCUAACGGAGCUCUUCAAUGUCUUGUAUUUGAAUUACUUGGCCCUACACUUGAUAUGGUCCUCACAGAAUAUUCCGAGGGGAAUGACAAGCUCAAUCCGGAAGACAUACUUCGAAUGUCUAUGCAACUCUUAAAGGCUAUCAAAUUUAUUCACAGUAUUGGGAUGUGCCAUGGUGAUAUCAGCGGCCGUAACAUCGCAUUUCCUUGCAAUAAUAUGCUGAAUCAUGAGAAAGAUGUUCUAGAUGUUCUUGGGCUACUAGAAAUCGAGUCGCUGGCCUAUAUUGAUGGCUCGCCUUUGGACAACGGAUUGCCGACCCAGUUGGUGAAGGCAGCGGAAUGGAUCGAUUUUAUAGACGAGGACGAGGAAGACAUCCGGCUUAUUGAUAUGGGAGAGAGUUUUCUCCCAGGCGAGGAGCCUGAAAAGUCAGCUCAGCCGAGUAUUUUGCGAAUACCUGAGACAAUUUUCACGGACCGCUUUGAUUAUCGCCUCGAUUUAUGGCGUGCAGGUUGCAUAAUUUACGCUUUCUUGUUCACGAACUAUCCAUUUCGGUAUUUUGACAGGGACGAAUAUCUGAUCUUCCAAAUGAUUGAUUUUGUAGAAAGGCUGCCAAUCGAAUGGGAGCCUCAGUGGAAAACAAUCCAGACGAAAAUUAGCCGUAAUCUUGAGAUAAAUGAAGGCUACGAAACAUCAAAGUUUGAACGCAUGUUUGCAGAAAAUGUACACGAUCCGGAGCUUCAACCCUUAUUACAGGUGGUACAAGGAUUGAUGCGAUUCCUACCAUCUAAUCGCAUUACUGCAGAGGAGGCACUUGAAUUGUUAUACAGCAAAAUGCAAGAAACAGGAACCACAACUGCAUAA